AUGGAUUCCACCUAUUUAACCCUCUGCCAAAGAGCAUCGGACUUGCUCAAAUCCCACCCUGGGUAUCGUGUCCUCAUACUACUUGCUGGUCCUCCAGGAUCUGGCAAAUCAACAGUGGCAAGAAACGUCGCAGACUUGCUCAACCUCCAACAUCGCAAGCAAUUGUCAUCCAUUAGUACCGCUGCUUGUCACCCACCAAUUGCCCAAUAUAAUUCCAGUAUCGCCAACUAUUCCACUGCUAAAAUCACUGAAAAACUAUCAAGUAACAAUAAGGAUGGUCUUCCUCAGAAAAAGCAAUGUUCCAAUAGCCAGGUACAAAUCAUUGGCCAGGCCCCAGAAAACCUGAUUACUUUGAUGGUUCCUUCAUUAGAUGACAAUGCUAAUGCUAGUGAAUUUGCCCAGGUUGUUCCUAUGGAUGGGUUCCAUCUUCCUCGUCGAGUGCUUUCUCAAUUCAAAGAUCCGGUCACGGCGUUUGCGCGUCGUGGAGCCCCAUUCACAUUUGAUGCCCCAAUGGUGGCAAUCCUUGCUAAUUUGCUCAGAUCCACUUGCGAUGUGAUUGUUUCUGAUAUUUGUCCUGAUCCAAUCUUUACCAAUGAAGGGAUUUCUCUUGACCCGCAGUUCCAUAACCAUGAUGCUGAAACGUCGCUGAUGACCAGUUCAUCUCGCCAAUCGGCGCAUUCUAGUCUCUUCGAAUUCGAUAAUGAUCAAGCCUCGGUCGAAUCCUUUGACGAUUCUGAUAAUGAAGAAGACUACAAUAAUAUUUGGAAACUUCGUCACGGUAGAACAACGAUGAUUCCGGAUAUUGUCAUUCCAAGCUUUGACCAUGCGGAAAAAGACCCUCGUGCUAAUGGGAUAACCAUCAAGGCGGCCACUAAAGUGGUGAUUCUUGAAGGAUUGUACGUGUUAUUGGAUCUUCCAUACUGGAUGGAUAUUUCUGGGGAUCAGCAGCAUUCUGGAGUGGAAUCAUGGAAGAUCAACCUCGAUGAAUCACUGGCAAGAACCAGAGUGGCCAAGCGUCAUUUGCAAGCGGGAAUCGUUGAUAAUUUACAAGACGGUGAGGCCAGGUACGAUGCCAAUGAUUGUAUCAAUGGGAGGUUAGUGGAUCGUCAGUCGAAAGCUGCUGAUUUUGUGGUGUGUUCAAAGAAUGAGUGA